AUGGUGCGGCCUACUGGUAGUGGUGGCGGUGGUAGAUCGGAGAAAAAGGAGGGGCGUUACAAGGGUGUGAGGAUGAGAAAAUGGGGGAAAUGGGUUGCAGAAGUCCGUCAACCCAACAGUCGUGAUAGAAUAUGGUUGGGAUCUUAUGACACGGCGGAGGAGGCCGCCAGGGCUUAUGACGCCGCUCUUUUCUGUUUACGUGGUCCGUCUGCGUUGAUUAAUUUCCCCGCCCAUCCACCGGACAUCCCCGUCACCGCAGAUCUCUCUCCGUCUCAGAUACAGGUGGCAGCUUCCCGGCAUGCUCGUGGCUUGUCGACGGAUUCUUCCUCGUUGGCCCAAGUCGGAAAUCCCAAAACGGGGUAUCAGGAAGACCCGGAAAGUAAUAUAUUUAGAGACUAUCGGAGUUAUUUCCCGGCGGAGGACGGUGGUGGUGGUGGUGGUGGUGAUGGAGGAGGAGAUGAUGAGAACGUGGUUUUUGAGACGCAGCGUUUGUGGGCGUAUUGA